GUAGCUUUGUUGAUAGGCCUAGUCACGGCGCGAAGAGGGAUGAUGAUAUGAACGUCGUAGAAGAACGACCUAACCGUUUGUCUAGUUCAUUUUUUGAACAAGGGGAAACAUCCUUGACGAAUAUAUGGAAGACACAGCAGAAGUAUAUUUCAGGCAACAUGAAUGAGAAAACUGAUAGGCAUGAAGACUACAACAGAUCACUUUCCUUUGGUGUGGCUGAAAAUUCACCUAUUCCCCGUUCAAUAUCUAAGAAUGCCAAAGGAAGCAGUUUUCUCAGAGGGCAGAAAAACCAUAGUGAACGAAUUCGACGAUCUAUGGGGUUGCUAGACCAAGCCGCUACCCCAGGCCUUGGUGUGCCAGCUACGCCAAGCUCAGCACUCAAGUAUAGUACAUAUACACCAAAUAAAUUACCGAUCCCCUCUCAAUAUGAUGUAACAGGUAUCUUAAGCCACACUCCAAGGAGGUUAAAGACACCCUCUACUCCAGACCCUAUGGGUUUAGGCAACAUGUCAGUUGCAGACCAGACAAGGCUUGCUGCUUCUCUCCUGGUGACACCACUACGACCACCGACAACAUCACUGGAGUCCAUGACACCUGGUGCGAUGACUGAAGAUGUCACAUUGACCAAUGUCAACCUAUUACUGGAGGAUGAUCCAGGGAUGAGUGCUACUGCUGGACUUUUUGAAGACUUUAUGAAGAGUUUCAGAAUGUUUUCCUCACCAACCGAUGUGUUUAGGCUGGUGGCAGAAUACGAGAAGCUUUGCUCAGAACAAGUAACCAUGCUUAACAAGCUGGUAAAGAAGGCUAACCCUGGACAGAACAAAUUUUCAAAGACAGUUGAAGUAUUAAAUCUGCUGGACCAGGAGAAGUGCACUUGGAGAUUGUUAGGCUCAUUGUAUCAAGAUCGGCAACAAUAUAUGGAAGAUGAAGAGAACAUGGACACUGGAAUGGAUAUAUUAAGGAAGUCAGAGCAAGAGAUUUCAAAUUCGCUGUUUGCUAGAAAUUCAUCCCUGCGCCAGAGUCAAAUCGUCGUUGAUUGGUUGGAAAGGAAUGCUGUUGACCAAAUACAAGAUUACUAUGAGAAUGUUGAAUUUUACUCUCAGUCAGUUUGUUGGGAAAACACUUUGCAUUCUCUUCAGCAAAAAACUGCAGGUGUAUCAAGGUCAGACCGAAAUCUUGUAUCACAAAUGGAUCCUGAUGCCCCCAUCAGAGAGAAUAAACCUCUUGCAGAACUAGACAGGGAGGAUGAGGCAAGGCUGCUUAAAAACCUCUUUGCUAAGAUAAGAGCUGGCCAGCUUGAGGAUGCUCAGAGGCUGUGUAAGAAGUGCGGUCAGGCUUGGAGAGCGGCAACCUUAGAGGGCUGGAAACUAUAUCAUGAUUCCAAUAUGAAAGCAUUAGCUUCAGGGAAUAUAGCAAGCAUUGAGGGCAACCCUAAUCGAGACAUUUGGAAAGCAACAGCCUGGCGCAUGUCCCAAGAUGAGCGAUUCCACCCAUAUGAGCGAGCCAUUGCAGCUGUGUUUAGCGGGAACCUCAAAGAGGUUCUCCCUGUUUGCCGGUCCUGGGAUGACUGCUUAUGGGCGUACUUCCGGGUAAUGGUGGACCAACAAGUGGAGCAGGAAAUCCGGGAGAAUGUAGAACCAGGCUGUGAAUGUGAACCACUUCCUGAUAAUUAUUUUGAUAAAUUAUUAACAACCACUAAAAUCUUCCAAGAUUUGCAGGCAUUUCCAAGUGAGGAGAUUGAGAUGCAAUCAAAACAAAAAUACCACAUGAUACAGAAGUACUUAAUUUUAGGUGAAGUUGAUGCAUUGAUUGAGGAGAUGGGUGAGUGGUUACAAGAUGUUGCGAAUCGACCGUCUAAGCAUCUAGUGCGGUUUAUGGCGCAUGUAGUACUAUUCUUCCGUUCCCUUGGACUUGACAGUAAAGAGGAAAUUUGCACAGCCAUCAUUGAAGCUUAUGUUAAGGAUUUAGUAGAUGUGAAACACUUAGAGCUAGUGUCUGUCUAUGCAGCUCAACUUCCAGAGUUUUUACAGGUUGCUUGCUAUGCCCACUUUCUUGAAGGAAUUCAUGAGAAGGAAACAAGGAAAUAUUGUCUGCAGCUUGCAGAAGAUGCAGGUUUGGAUGUUCCCAAGAUCACUAAGACAGUAGUCGAGAACAUUCGCAACCGAGACCUCACUGAAUUCGAUGCAGAUACAGAAAGUACCCCAGCCUUAGAUGCUGCCACGUCAGAGGAGGAUAGGAAGAAAAUUGAGGCCAUUGACUGGUUGGUUUUUGAUCCAUCUCAAAGAGCAGAAGCACUGAAACAGAGCAAUGCUGUCAUGCGCACAUUCUUAGGUAUCAAGAAGCAUGAUGCCGCCAGAGAGGUAUUCCAUAAGAUUCCAGGUGAUACUAUCGAUGUCAUUUUGAAGAACUGGUUAGGACAUGCUGGCAGAGUUCCUCUUCCCACAGAAGACGACAAUGCCAUCAAGGAAUAUCUUUGUAUCAAAGCUUACCUAAAUGCAUUAGAUACAUUCAACGAUUGGUUUGAACACUAUCACAAUAGGAAACCAGUUGAGCCCAGCAUUCAGGAAGUAGCAACAUUCCAACAGAAAGUGCAUCAUGAACAUAAAGAGAAAGAAUUCAAGAUGGAAUUAGAGAGAUGGGAACAUGGAUUAAACAACAACACAAAAGCAGUUGUUGACAACAUUUACAAUGUGCUCCUUUUCCCGGAUGGUGGCUGGAUGGUUGACCAGCACACAGAGGAUUCCAUUGACAACGCUCGUGCAACUCAGCUGGAAAGAUUGAGGGAGAUAUGCAUUCCGAUGCUGUGUUUCCUUCUGCAGUCUGUUCUUCACACCACAGGGCAGUACCAACAGGCUAUCAUGUUGGCUGAUGUCAUUGCAUCGGAAGAACAGCAACUGUAUACCGUUUUUGAUAAAGAUGAACUGAGGAAAUUGCUACAGAAGCUAAGAGAAUCGUCCAUUGAAUUACUUGAUAGUAAUUUAGAUGCUCUUGGAUAUGAGAUGUGAAAUGAUUAGAUGUUUUUUCAAAUAUUAAAUGGCAUAGUAACAGGACAUGACAGCUGUCAAUCAAUAAACAUGUUGGGAUGUCAAUUUUUGGUGAUUGGUUAUUCAUGUGUAUCAGUUGCCAAAACAGGGUGCUCCCCGAGCAUGACAUAUUAAUGGAGCAUUAUUGUGUUAGAUUGAUAGUGAAUGGGGGAAGGAUACAUUUUCAGAACAAUUUCAUGAAAGUCAACCGUGGAUAUCGCAAAUGCACUACUGCAUCAUUCCACAACCUCUAAGUCACAAUACCGGAUUGCUCAGAUAUCGAAAUAUUGCUUGUCCAAUACAUUUACUCAAUUUUUAAAGCAUAUGAUUAUUAUUGGUGGAUUCAUGAAAUAAAAUACCAUCUAUCUUAGCCCUACCAUUGUUAGAGCUGAGGUUUUGAUAGUGAGUUUCAUUUUCAUGAUAGUCAGUAUGGAUAAUGCUACACAAAUACACUUCUACUUUGUUCCAGAACUUAUAUGUCGCAAUAUCUGGGCUCCGAUAUCAAAAGUAUUGCUUGUCCGAUAUUUUUACUAAUUUUUUAAGCAUAUAAUUAUUAGUAGUGGAUUCAUGAAACAAAAUAUUGUACCAUCUGUCUUGGUCCUAGCAUGGUUGGGGCUGAGGUUUUGGUGGUGAGUGGGGGAAGAUACACAUAGAAAAUUUACAUGACAGAUAAUGCAGCACAAAUGCACAACUGCAUCGUACAAAUACAGCAAUAAUAUCUGGGUACAGAUAUCAAAAUUAUUGAUUGUCCGAUAUUUUUACUCGUUUUUUAAAGCAUAUUAUUAGUGUGGAUUCAUGAAACAAAAUACUAUCUACCUUAGCUCUACCAUGGUGGGGGCUGAGGUUUUGGAAUUUUAUAGGUAUGGCUGAAAGUGGCACAUAGAGCAUAAACAUUUACCAUGAAUUUGAAUAUUUUCUUUCAUUUUUCCCGAUCCAUUGGAUCGAUGUUGGUGUUACAAAUGUGGUUUGCUACACAUGUGAACACACUGAUAAUGUGGAAGUAUGUAGUCUUUGCAUUAUAGGAAAUUCAUAAUAAAAUCUGUAAUUAAUUUUCUGUCAAUGCAGUAUUGGUCUUUUACAAGAGGUGUCAAUAUGAUUUACUACUACUGCUACUCUUAUAAAGCAUUAAAUCAUUUAACCAUCCCAU